AGGAGGCAAAAUACAUUGGUGUUUUUUAACAAGGGAAUGUUUUAAAAAUUAGAUUGUAUUCUGUGAAAGUGUCAAACGAAAACCCUCUACAAUUCAUGUAGUGGAAGUAAUGGGAAACAUUCUCCUGUUCGGGGAGGAAAAGCACUGUAGCUUUAAAUUUCUAUCCGCGCCCUAUGCAAAGCUGUCCUGUUACGGCACAAGUAACAUAACUUGGUGCUGUUGGCAGAAGUGAGCGCCUUCUGACUUCCCGACUCCUGCUCGCGUGUACUCAGUGCUCGGCAGUGAUUGCGUGGCUGCCCGAGUCACCUUUCGCACAGCCUCCUCCAGGCAAGGUUAACCCUUGGAAUGCGCCGCUGUCUUCCUCACGCUCUCCUCUCGCUAAGCUCAAGAAAAGAAGCCGGAGCACAGUCUGACGACAGAGUCCCUCUACAGCUAAGCUGAUUUAGAGCCAAAUUACAUCCUGCUUCACAAAGUAAAUUCUCAGAGCACUCUGGGAUCUGGGAGGCUGCACCAUGCUCCCUUCCCAGGCUCUCCUGCCCGCUGUGGUGUUUGCACUCACAGCCCUUCGGGCCCUUGCCUCCGACACCUUCCUGGCAGCCGUCUACGAGCACGCCGUCAUCCUGCCACCUGCCACCCAGGAGCCCGUUCCUCCCAGAGAUGCUUUGGCCCUGAUGAACAAAAACAUGGAUGUCUUGGAAGGGGCCAUCAAGGAAGCUGCCCAGCAGGGUGCCCACAUCAUUGUGACUCCUGAAGACGGCAUCUAUGGCUGGCGAUUCACAAGAGAAUCCAUCUACCCCUACCUGGAGGAUAUCCCUGAUCCCGUGGUGAAUUGGAUUCCCUGCACUGACCCCUCAAGAUUUGGUCCAGCCCCAGUGCAGGAACGGCUCAGCUGCAUGGCCAGAAAUAACUCCAUCUAUGUGGUUGCAAAUAUCGGGGACAAGAAGCCGUGUGACUCCAGCGAUCCCAGCUGCCCCAGGGACGGUCGGUACCAGUACAAUACGGACGUCGUCUUUGACGCACAGGGGAAACUGGUGGCUCGGUACCAUAAGUAUAAUCUCUUUCUAGGAGAAACUCAGUUUAAUUAUCCAAAAGAGCCAGAAGCUGUCACCUUUGAGACUCCUUUUGGGAAGUUUGGCAUUUUCACUUGCUUUGACAUCCUUUUCUAUGAGCCUGCCGUGGUCCUGGUGAGCAAGAUGCAGGUGGACACCGUGCUCUUCCCAACAGCUUGGAUGAAUGUCCUGCCCUUUCUGACUGCAAUUGAGUUUCACUCUGCCUGGGCUAUGGGCAUGCGUGUCAAUGUCUUAGCUGCCAAUACUCACAACACUAGCAUGGAAAUGACAGGGAGCGGCAUUUAUGCACCAGCUGGAGCCAGAACAUACUCCUACAACAUGAAAACUGAAGAUGGUCACCUCCUCAUUGCUGAACUAGAUGCACACCCUCGUCUUUCUCCUGCCUCCCCACCUGCUGUCAGCUGGAACUCGUAUGCUUUGAGUGUUGAAAGAUUCUCACAGAAUGACCAUGAAUUCACAGGAAUCAUCUUUGAAGACCUCUUUACUUUCACAGAGCUCACUAAGCCUGGGGGGAAUCUCACUGUCUGCCAAAAAGAGCUCUGCUGUCACUUGAGCUACAAGAUGGCGGAGAAAAGAGAGGAUGAAGUUUAUGUGCUGGGUGCUUUUGAUGGCCUUCAUGUUUUUGAAGGACAGUACUAUCUGCAGAUCUGCACUCUGCUCAAGUGCCCCAGCACAAACCUGAGCACAUGUGGGCAGCCCGUGGAGAUGGCUCAGACCAAGUUUGAGAUGUUCUCCCUCAGCGGCACGUUUGGCACCAGCUACGUCUUCCCAGAAGUGCUGUACAGCGGGGUGCAGCUGGCCCCCGGGGAGUUCGAGGUGCUGGCUGAUGGACGUCUGAUAAAUUGGAAUACUACAUCAGAGCCAGUUUUGACUGUAACACUCUUUGGGAGGUGGUAUGAAAAGGACCCUUCAUCAAAAGGACCCUCCAUAUCAAGCUUCAGCAUGAUUUCACUGCAGGUUCUUCUAGCUUUGAUCUGCUUGUUUCUGUACUGCUAAUAAUUCACAAAUAAUGGUAAUUAAUAGUAAUAAUAAUAAUUAAAAUAGCAUUCUAUUUUUCUAGUUGCCUUAUCAAAUGGCACAAUUACUACACAUUGAUUUAUUGACUUGAUUCUGCAGCAAAAAUCAACACACUGCUGGACCAGUGUGUAUGAGUAUUUAUAUGAUAGAUUUGGUUGGCAUCAGCUUGUUCUUAACAUUGGGAACAACAGAAAAUAAAUUCCUCUGACUUUACUGGUGUAGGAUUAAGUGAGUUGUGCUUCAAUAAAAAAGAGUUUUUAAUGAUUUUAAA